AACAAGUGUGUGUGAAGAAGGUACAAGUCCAAUAAAGUAUCUGCAUCACAUGUCAUCAUAAAAAAUUAAGGAAAUGAUUGAUUAAUUCUAACUAAAACUUUUAUGAAUUGAUGUCUUUAUUUGGAUCAAAUUUUAACAUUAUAUUCCACAACUCACUAAAUUUGUUUCAUAUUAUAUUCCUAAUGAGAAUGGGUUCAACAUGGAAGAGUAGUUAUCUCUCUAAGGAAAACCAAGAUGAUUCUAACUCUUUAACUAUACCUUUUGUUUCUGAGAAAACUUCAACCCCAAGGCAAUGUUCCUUUGCACGAUCAGUAAUUAAUGGAACCAAUCUACUAUGUGGGAUAGGACUUAUGACUAUGCCAUAUGCAGUAAAAGAAGGAGGGUUUUUGAGCCUUGCAUUACUGUUACUGUUUGCUGUCAUUUGUUGCUAUACUGGAAUUUUAUUGAUGAGAUGUUUACAAAGCUACCCUGGACUCGACACUUAUCCGGAUAUUGGCCAAGCUGCUUUUGGAUACGCCGGUCGCUUGGGGAUCGCGAUCAUUUUAUCCUUGGAACUAUUUGGUGCUUCUGUUGAGUUUUUAACACUUGUAAGUGAUAAUCUCUCUGCACUUUUCCCCAACACCAGCAUGAUCGUAGCCGGCACUGAACUUAGUACGCAUCAAGUUUUCACCAUUGCCGCAGCUCUUCUUGUUUUACCAACGGUUUGGUUGAAAAAUCUAAGCCUGCUUUCAUAUAUUUCAGUUGGAGGAAUAUUUGCAACAGUAAUUGUAGCACUUUGUUUGUUCUGGGUUGGUGCAAUUGACCAAGUUGGAUUUAUUAAUCCAGGAAACAAACUUUUAGACAUUAAAAACAUAUCUGUAUCAAUUGGUCUCUUUGGUUUUGCAUUUACUGGCCAUGCAGUUUUUCCAAACGUCUACUCUUCCAUGAAGGAUCAAUCCAAAUUCCCAUUAGUUCUAUAUAUCAGUUUUGCUAUUAGUGUUAUUAUGUACACCAGUGUAGGAGCAGUUGGCUAUUUAAUGUUUGGUGACAAAAUUGAAUCCCAGUUUACCUUAAACAUGCCCAAAGAGUUAUAUGCAUCACAGAUAGCAAUUUGGACAACUGUUGUGACUCCUUUGGCAAAAUUUGCCUUAAUAUUAUUGCCUGUUGCAUCAAGCAUAGAGGAACUUGUCGUCCCUUCUCCUAGGCUAAGAUGUUAUGCUAUGUCUCUUUUUAUUAAAACAACUUUAGUGUUUUCAAGUUUAUUUGUGGCCCUCUCUUUUCCAUAUUUUGGUUCUGUCAUGGCUCUAAUUGGUUCUCUAAUGUCAAUGCUAGUUUCACUUAUAUAUCCUUGUGCAUGUUAUCUUAAGCUACAUAGUGGCAGAUUAUCAACUAUGCAGAUAACAAAUUGCAUUUUGAUUAUUAUUGUGGGGGUGAUAAGUGGUAUCAUAGGAACAUACUCAGCUACUUCAAGAAUAUUUGGCGAUGGAGAUUAAAUGAUAGUGUUAUUUUCUUUGUAAAACUCACUUCUUUUCUUGGCUUGUGUUGGAUAUUUUUAGACUUGUAAGACAAAAUUGUUUGUUUAUGCUUUAUGUGGUUUGAACAAGCUAUCUUGAUCUGUAAUCAUGAGAGAAGGAUUAUAAUUAUAUGCUUGUGAAUUGUGAGAAUGAGCAU